AAUACAUGGGAGGAGCUUCAGAAGAAUCAACUUUUUCAGCUUUUGAGGCGUUCACUAUAUUGAUUCUUCUCUAAAAUUGAGAGUGAAUGUGAAUCUGAGCGUCCUCUCCGCAUAAUGGUGCUUUUCAGAACCAGCAAUGAUUUUCACGAAGCUUUCUGGUGAUUAAGGCUUUUAUUUUUCUGCAGUUUAUGUGAAGGAGAAUGGAUUAUUGGUACGCGCGCUCCCAUCAGCAUGACAAGAAUCGAGUUGAGAGCGCGCGCGACAGACAAAUGACAAUUUCAGUCAUUAUGUUGUUUUUUGUUGCGCUUCUUCCAUAUGCACUCACAGCACACUUGGCUGUCAUAUCCCCCCAGGAUCCAGUGCUUUGCAUCGGCUCGAGCUUGACUGCAGUGUGUACUGUUAGUGCCGAGCUGGAAAUAACAGCUAGGUCCUUGUACUGGACGCUGAAUGGGAGACGCUUGGCCAGAAACACUUACAGAGUCCUGAGCCCAACCGAAUCAAGCGUCACACUUCAUCAACUCAAUGGCUCCUUGCAGCAGUCAGGAGACAACCUGGUUUGCCACCGAAGCAACGGAGAAGUGUUGGCCGGAUCGUGUAUUUAUGUUGGCUCACCCCCUGAGAAACCCGUCAACCUGACAUGCUGGUCACGAAACACCAAAGAUCUCAGCUGCAGAUGGAGUCCAGGGAGUCAAGGAGAAACGUUCAUCAAUACCAAAUACGUCCUCAAGUACAAACUAAAAUGGUACGGUAAAGAGAAAGACUGCGAGGACUACACGGGACAGCCGUAUAUGUGCUACGUUCCACGCGACCUUGCCAUUUUUACACCAUAUGAAGUCUGGGUGGAUGCGUCCAAUCAGCUUGGCUCUGCCACUUCUGAUGUGGUCACCUUAGACAUUUUAGAUGUAGUAACUACAGAUCCGCCUCCUGAUGUCCUUGUGAGCCGCGUUGGAGAGCUGGAAGAUCAGUUAAGUGUUUGUUGGGGCAGUCCUCCUGCCCUGAAAGACUACCUGUUUCAGGCCAAGUAUCAGAUACGAUACCGUGUGGAGGAGAGCGACGAAUGGAAGGUGAUAGAUGAUGCUGGGAACCAAACGUCAUGUCGGUUAGCGGGUCUCAGAGCCGGCACUGUGUAUUUUGUCCAAGUACGCUGCAACCCAGUGGGCAUCUAUGGAUCGAAGAAGGCAGGUAUCUGGAGCGACUGGAGCCACUCGACCGCUGCGUCAACACCUGGCAUUGCAGAAAGGUCCCAUAGUUGCGAUUCGAAGCCCAGCGAGCACAACUCAACGCUACGAAAGGAGCUCAAGCAGUUUUUCGGCUGGAUGCGCAAACACUCUUACGGCUGUACGGACGUCAGCAUCAAACUCUACGACCAAUGGCGCGUCUGGCUGCAGAAAGCCCAGAAAACACACGACCAGGUACUACAAAGCGGUAAAUCAUAGUGAAACUCUAAAGAAGGCUUGGGAGAGUUUGCGGGGGCCUGCGACAACAAGGUUUUUAUCACUCUCCAGUGCUUGGGACGUUUCAUCUGGAUGAGCCAAGACUCUCUGAAGGAAUCCGCAAGGAGACUGUAGUUUGGCGACAUGAUCUACUGCAUCUCCUGCUAUAGUCCCCGUCAAAUACGUCAAAGGAAGUGCUUUUGUCUCAGACAUGUUAUUUAUAAGGGCAUUAAAGCAUAAAGAAAGACUCAAAAUGACGAAAGAGAGCAUUAAAUGUUGAUAAUGGGAGACUGUCAUUCUCAUUUCUCAUCUCCCUAUUGACCUGUCAUCCAAAAAAGGACCUUUACAACUACACUGUAAAAAGUGAACAGUUGACUUAACUAAUAGAAAAGUGAGGAAACCCGUUGCCUUAAAAUUAAGUAA